CAGCGAUAUCUCGGAGCGGGCGACGGAGCGAAGCGGACUGUCACCGGUGCACGGGAAGGGCGCGGGCGGCUGCCGUCAGUUCCGCGCCGCGCCUCGCUCGCAGCGCCCGUCCUCGCUGCCGCUACCGCCUGCGCGCCCGCUCCACAAUGAAGGCUAAAGCUAAAGGUGCUCGAACCAAAAAUAUGGACAAGCUGAUAGCGGCUGUCCAGGCAAGGGAAUGUUUGUGGGACAAAAGCUACAGAGGCCACAGGAAUCGGUUUAAGUUGGAGCGGUAUUGGAACGAGGUGGCCGCGGAGGUUGGGACGACGAGUCUCAACUGCCGCAAAAAAUGGAAGAAUCUCAAAGACCAAUGCAGGAAGGAGAUGAAGAAACUACCAGCAGAAUCCGAAUGGCCACACUUCCAGAAGUUGAAGUUCAUUCAUCACCAAUUCAUGACUGAGGAUGAGGAAGGUGAUGGAGAAACGACAGCUGACGAAGUAUUUAAUUCCCUUGAUGAAUCUAUCAAAAGACCUAAACUAGGGUACACGAUGAGAAAGAAGCUAUUAAUGAAUAAGAGAAGAACUAUUGACGUGGAUAUGAAUAAGCUGAUAGAACUAGUGAGAGCUAGGGAUAUUAUUUGGAACAGGUCAUUGAAAGGACAUCAUAAUUGGUACAAACUUGAUGAGAGUUGGAAAGAGAUUGCUCAGGAAUUGGAUUGUACUCGUGACGAAGCGAGAUUAAAGUGGAAAUACCUGAGAGACCAAGCAAGGAAAGAAGUAAGGAAACCAAUGGGAUCAGACUGGGAGUAUCUACCCAAGCUACAAUUCCUCACCAACCAGUUCAAUGAUUACGAAGGUACAGAAAUUCCUGAAGACUCAUACACACAGGACUAUGACGCUGACCAAAGCGGUAGUUUCUUCUUAGAACAACCAGCAGAAGUAAAUGUCAAAGAAGAUGAGUUUGACGAAUUUGACACAAAACCUGUCAUCAUGGAGACAGAUUUCUAUGAUGAUGAUGAUGACGCUCAAAAAAGUGCUAUUACUGAAUCUAAUGAGCCAACAAAGGAUGAAGAUAUAGGUUUCUUUAAUAGCCUUCUUCCUCAUGUGAAGAAAUUAUUACCAGCCAAAAAGCUGAUGCUGAGAAUGAAAAUUCAGGAGCUAGUUUAUAACACAGUUUAUAACGAAACUUAGUUUUUAAUAUAAUACUAAUACAUAAACGCUUAUUCAGAAAAAUAAGAAUAUAAUAGGUGCCAACAUAUGGUUAGCCUGUAUAAUGUUAUUGUGUUAAUUUUGGUACUUUUGAAGAAGUGCAAUUUUGCAUAGACAUUAUUGUUUAUACCGCAGAAGCAAUAGAGUCGUUUUUGACAGAGAAUGUACAAAACAUAUUGUAAUCUCAAAAAUAUUUAAUGUGUAAGACGUUGUGAUUGUGGCCAUUUCCCGAUAGAUGGCGUUGAAGUCAACAUUCGAAGUUUAGUAGUAUUUUUAUAUAGUUUGGAAUGAAAGUUGGAAUAACAAGACAUCAUUAUUUUGUAGAAGUAUCUUCAUUUGUUUUGGCUCAAGAUUGAGUCAUUACAUUUUACUACUUGAGUUAACUAUCUAUUCAUUAGUUAUUUAUCCAAACUGCCAUUGCUGAAUGUGGCCGAAAAUAUGAUUCAAGGUUUAUAAAUAUGGAUAACGACUAGUUUUUUAUAAUUGCAAUUUAACAAAAGCAUAAUCAAAAACGUUUUAAGACUGAUUUUUUAUUUUUCUGAGUAAGUUUAAUAUCUAAAAUAAAUACUUAUAAGUUGGAAAAAUAAGAAGCUUUUAGGUUUUUAUAUGUUGUACAUUUCAUUUUUAUUUUAUUUAGAGUAAAUGCUAUUUAUUAGUAUAAGAGGAUACUUUGUGACUAUCCAGGAGAAUGUUAGUGAUGAUAAACGGCUAUUACCAAUUUUAAAUCUUUCUGUUGGUUUCUUACUAGGCAUAGUAUUUUGUCAUUGCUUGUAUGGGGCUUCUGGGGCUUGGGUUCAAAAUCCUACACUUGUAAGAAAAACAACAGAUACAUUGAAUUUUGGGAACGGCUGCGAAUGAAGAGAAUAACCUUUAACUUAUUAAAGGUUAUUCUCUUCAUUCGCAUUUUUCUUAAACGGGUAUUGUAAAAAAAUUUGAUCAUACAUGCGACUAUCCAGGAAAAUUACUAUAAAGUUCAAGUUGACGAAAGAUAUGUAAAAAGAAGAUGAUGAAAAGUCACAGACAAACAAAGGAAAAAAACAACGUUCAGUGUUAAGAAAUAAAUAAAAAUAUCAUAUCUGGGAGAUUUAUUUACUAUUCUUUAUUUGCAACACAUCACAAAACAUACAGAUUGUUACAAAAGUAUUCAUAAAGCUCAAAGUAAAGAGGCCCGUUAUAAAGAGUCAACUAAUCAUGUUUUUUAAUCGUUGUAUCAAUUUUUAAAUUACCGCAAAAUAACAAAUUAAAAAAGCAUUUAGUUUUGUAAGCUAUGUUACAAUGUAUCUUAUCUACAUUUACACGAAAUGAUAUGACAUUUCGCAAGGAUUGGUGAUGUUAGUGAGUUAGUUAGUGGCUGUGUUAAUUUAUUAUAUUUUUUUGAAUACUUUUGUAACACGUUGUAUAAACAUAUUGUUGAUUUUAGUAACAAACACAUCACAUUAUAAUUUUAUUGAAAUUAGACCAUUUGGAACGGUCAUGUUCUAAUAUUAAAUAGUGAUAAUAUGAUAGUUUUUCAACUAAUAGGAAAGAUAUAUUCACAGCUUAAAGAAUAUUUAUUCAAUAUAUCUGUGUAAUGAUCGCUAGGUAAGACUCUUUUGUAUAAAAGAUAAGAUAUUUAUAAAACAAGCUUUACAAUAUUGUAAUCUAAAAAUAGAAGAAAGAAAAAUAAAUAAACAAGACAAAAGAA